AUGUAUCAACCACAACCAUACAUUGGUAAAGAACUUCUCAAGUUCUCUAAUGAUAAUUUUAUAGUCAAACAAGUUCAACAAUUUCUCAUAAUUCUCAACUACAUCCGAGAUUCCAUUCCUCAUGUAGCCAAACACACUAGUCAGCUUUCCAAGUUAUUGAAAAAGAAUUCUCCUCCUUGUAGUCCUGAAAAGACCAAAGCUAUUCAAGAGCUUAAGAAGAUAGCUCAAAAUCCUCCGGUUUUGAAAAUUCUAGGAAUAGGCAAAAUAAUCCUCCAAACUGAUGCUAAUGAUCAUUUUUGGGGUGCUAUUCUCAUUGAAGAAGUUGAUCAUAAAAGAUAG